AUGGCAGACGCUCUCGCAAGCUUGGCCCAAGAGUGCGAUAUGAUUACCCAAGAGAACCAGCUACAAUCCCCUUUUCUCCGUCUCCCAGCAGAACUUCGGAAGCGUAUCUACGACCUUGCAUGCGCCAACGAGGUGGUUCAUGUCUACAAUCCGAUCAGCCUUCCGCGCGUUCCCUACAACUUGAUCUAUCUGCUCCAAAUCUGUCGUCAGAUUCGCUAUGAGGCGAAGACUAUCUUCUACUCGACAUGUACUUUCACUAUUUAUUGCAAGAUCGUCGAGAGCAACCAAGGUUUUGGACAUGCGGGUGGCAAGAACGUGGGCGAUAUUGUCAAGAUUGGGUGUGGGAUCUGGUCCUGGCACAAGGCGCUCAUCACGUCCAUUGAGCUUGAUAAUGCAGCGGUGAAGCAUAUAUGCUGUACGGUAACUGCCUGGAAGAUAACACUGGCUUGCAAACAAGCUGCGGAAGCUCGGGCUAAUGCGCAGUCUGGGGAGAUGUUUCAUGGGCAGCCGUUCAACAGAGGGGCUCAGGAUAAUCUGUUGUAUGCAGAGGGCUUUGUGACGUUGCAAAAGAUCCAUGUUUACCAUCACUGGCAUAUCAGCAGCCUCGCCGACAAGAAGGCCGCAACUACAGAGGUGUUGCGCGUGGGUUUUUGGCAAGCCUGA